GAUAGCCUGAAGGGGCGUUUGAACGGGAGUCAUACUCAUGUGGCCUCCACGCCGCAGGGGGCGCUAUAACGCAGAUAGGCAGGCACUCGGAAGUCUUUACCACAUGAAGGAUGUUUGGAUUGUUUAGAUCUGUGGACUCCUCUCAGUACUUAAAAACACUUUGCUAUUUAUAUAAUACACUGUUGAAUGUGUGUUGGACUUUUUGACAUUAUGCCAACGUCUAACAGAAAGAAGCAGGGAAAGGACACCGCGGUACAGGGCACCAACGACAGCAGUGUGGUGAGCAAGGUGUCCGCUGCAGCACGGGGCUACUUCCAGGAUGUCUUCCUCCAGCACUUUGUGUGCAAAGUGGCCAGGAGAGCCCCGCUCAUCAACAGGGGGUACUAUGUGCGCUGGAGAGCUGUGGACCACUGUGUGAGAAGGUUCCUACACGUUACUAAAAACUGCCCCAGGAGACAGAUUCUGUCUUUGGGCGCAGGGUUCGACUCUGCGUAUUUUCGCCUGCACGCAGAUGAAGCACUCGAUGGAGCUGUUGUGUUUGAGGUAGAUUUUCCCGAUGUCACCCGACGCAAGGCUGCUCUGAUUAAUUCUAAUAUUACACUGAGGGGGAUGUUAGAACCCCAUUUACCUCCUGCUACAGGACCCGUAUACGUGUCCAGUGGUCAGUACCGUCUGCUAGGGGUGGAUGUUAGAGAGGAGUCCCAGGUGGAGGGGGCUCUGGGUGCAGCUGGUCUGGACUGGGCUGCCCCCACUCUAAUUCUCUCUGAAGUGGUGCUCACCUACAUGGAAACACAACGGUCAGAUGCUGUCAUCAGUUGGGCGGCAAAGCUCCUGCCUCAGUCGCUGUUCGUUAUGUAUGAGCAGAUACAUCCGCAGGAUCCCUUUGGUCGCAUCAUGCAAGAUCAUUUCCUGAAACUAAAUUCAACUCUUCACGCGCUUCGACAAUACCCAGACGCUGCGGCGCAGAGGCGUCGGUUCCUGGACAAGGGCUGGGAGCAGUGCGUGUGUCUGGAUGUUAACGACUUCUACCUCGGGCUGGUCCCCGAGGAGGAGAGGUGCAGAGUGGAGAGCCUGGAGCCGUUUGAUGAAUAUGAGGAGUGGCACCAGAAAUGUUCACACUACUUCAUCCUUACUGCGUCCCAGGGCUCUUUGAUGGCACAGGCUUUACUCACGCAUGCUCCAGUUCCUCCAGCGGCAUCUAUUUGCCCAUCUUGGAGCCCCACAGCCCUCAGUGUGCAGACCAUACCAGUUCCUAUGGAGGGGCUGGGGAUGGCUUCCACCUCGGUGCGCCUGGGGCAAGUCCUGCUAACGGGAGGCUCCAGCAGAGGAGGCAGGGGGCCAGUGACUAGGAUCCUCCUCCGGGGCCAGGAAGGCUGGAGGUCUGUCAGCGUGGAACCACCAGUAGAUUUGGGUGUUCGACUCUACCACACCGCUACCUCUCUUCCUGGAGGAGGACUCGCGGUAUACGGUGGCCGCUCCUCCCCACUUAACCCAACCAGAGGCCUUCUAAGAGUAACCCUGGACACCCGUGGUCCACUCGGUCCUCUCGACUCAGAGGACGGAGACAUGGGGACGCUUUGUGUGGAGCAGAUGGUCUGUACAGGUGAUGCACCAGCGCCAAGAUGGAGGCACACGGCUACUAGUGUCAGUCACAAAGGCAAAAGCUUUCUGUUUGUGUUUGGUGGAAAGAAUGAAUCGGAGGCAGCUCUGGGUGACGGCUACUUCCUGUGUCUAGACCAGCAGCACUGGACUGAGAUCCCUUUAGAGGGCGCAGCACCAGAGGCCCGUCAUUCCCACUCAGCAUGUUCGUAUCAGGGAGGUGUGGUGGUGUUUGGAGGGUUAGACAGAAGGGGAGUUCCUCUGGGGGACACAGCGGUGUUAAGGCUAACUGACAGAGGCUUCUCCUGGGAGAGAAUAGAGCUGCAGCCCCCUCCUGUUCCCAGGUACUCUCACUCUGCCCAUGUAAUUGGUGAAAAGCUGGUUGUGGUUGGUGGAGUCUGGCUGCAUUCAGACGGUGUACCAGGUGUCGUCAUGAUCCACCUCACCACGCGCAGCAGUGUGGAGUUCAGUCUGGACACGACCUCGGUGCCCUGGCCGCUGAUGCUCCACUCGUUCUGCUCUGAGCUGACGGACUCAGAAGAACCAGAGCUGCUCCUGAUGGGUGGGGGAGGAAACUGUUUCUCUUUUGGGACUCACUUCAACCUUCAGCCCGUCACUGUGGACCUCAGACCUGCACUGGGAUGACGUACCUCAAAGUGUUUCUAUGAAACUGUGAAAGCUGCUGGACCAUGCUACUGGAGGGCCAGGCCGUAUUGCUGGGCCCGCUGGAGGGAAGCGAGGCCCGGGAGAACCAGGACUGCAAAGGGCAGACUAUUAAACUCUGCUGCAGUAGAAGUAGAGUUUCUGAGCACACUCUGGCGCUCAGAAACACUACCACUUGUGUCCACAGGGGCCGCCAAAAUCAACACAAAAUGAAAGUUCCUGAAGGAAAGUAGCUCUAAACCGAGAAGGUUCAAAAGACAUUAAACAACUCAUGUAUAGAAAAGCCAAAGAAAUGUCUUCAGUCUGCUUACUGGACAGUUUUUUUUUAUUUGUGAGACCUCAGUUUCAAAUCACAAAAUAGUCAAUUAAAAUCAAAGUAAAAUAUCAACUUUUUAGGUUAUUUUCUUUCAACGUUUUGGAUGGAGGUUAAAUCAUUCAGUGAAGCGCCUGAAGGACUGGACCGUAGGACUGACGGCACCCCAGUCGCCAGGCUUGCGGUACUCCCCCUUCUCCAGGAAGUACUGGCGUCCGCGGUAGUUGGGGUGCUCGUAGAAGACCCACCAGCCGUCGAAGAUCUUACAGGAGUUGACCUCCCUCCAGCGGAACUUCUCCAGGAGAGAGGGGCAGUCCUCUAUGGCCUCGAAGGCCUGGCCCCCGAAGUCUGCCUUCUCAUACAGCUGCAUUUUGUACAGGGUCCCGCUGGUCUGGAGGGUGACGGGAGGAAGCAGGGGGGGAGGAUGGUAGGGGGGGGGGUGUAAGUGGGAGAUAGACGGAGAGUGGUCGUUAGUGCAGGGGGUUGGGACAGAAGAGGGGAUGGGGAUGUAUAGAGAGAUGGGAUUUGCUUCUGUAAAUGGGCUCAUCGUGGUUAUAGUGUGGACCACGUCUAUUAGAUAACCGGCUUCCCAUCACCACCUGUCAUUGUUUUUGUUGUGCAAAACUGUACACAUGCAGCCUGUACAAACUAGAUUGAUUUAUGUAUGAACGUGGCGUCCCUGGAUCUGGCUGCAGGCUGUGGGUCAGUUGAACUAAGGCCCGAUCACACUAAUAGACUGACCCCCACGUAUUGGUCUCCAUCAACAAAGCCCUGCGGUCAUCAACACAACAGCAUGACCUCUGUGAUCACUUUGUUUCUCUUCUGUGCCCACUGUGGCUUUCAUCAGCUCACCAAACAACCUCAGGUUCAUAAACCCACAAAGAAGAGGUUAGUGGUUCGUUCAACAUUCAACAAAAAGUGUUCACACAGUUCAGAUCACAGACGAUGGCCGACUUACGAAGUGGACCAUCUUGCAGGAGCUGAGGCGGUCGUUGAGGCCCAUCCAGCGCUGGUAGUCUGGGUACUCCCCCCGGCUCAGGACGUACUGGUAGCCCAUGUAGUUGGGCCGUUCGUACACCACCCAGGCCCCACUCUCCACCCGGAUGGAGUUGCAGCGGCUCAGGUAGGCGUGGAAGUCCGAGCAGUCGCUGUCGCACUCAUAGCGGCGUCCCUGGAAGUUCUUGUCCUCGUAGAAGACAAUCUGAGAGGGGAAGGACAACACAUGGGAGUCUUAUCUCUCGUCCACUUUUCACAUAGUCUUUGUUCGGACAUAGAAAGGUCAGAUUUUACUGUUUUAUCACUCAAACUUUACAAUAAAGCCUUGAAAAGCAUUCUUUUGGUAAUGUUCUCCAAUGGAGAGUGCAGCUUUAACCUCCAGCUGAAAAUCAAUCAACACCUCGACUGCAAAAAAGGGUUCAAACCCCAAUAUCCCCGCAGAGAGGGUCUCACUUACAGCUCUGUCCACUACUUUAAACCCACACAUUCACUCUUAACCUCCAUGCUGCAGUGUUACCGGACUCUUUGUCGAUGCCAGUCCCACUUUGCCUUAACUCACCCUGCCCAUCUUGGAGCGAAUAUGAGGGAUGGCCCUGGUUAUGUUAAGGGAUGGUGGUGGUGGUGGUGGUUCCCCUGAGGUCUCGAUUGUUGCACCGGCCCCUCACCGGUCCCUUUUAUAUCCCCGCGUUCCCACGUUUAUAAACUGCAACGGUGGAGGCAAAAGGGGAACAAUCGCUUUGUCAUGAAAAUGAGAUCCAAAAAAUGAGUCAGUGAUUCUAGUGCUAUUCAGUUUUUCCAGAAAAGCGAGGAAGGAUUACGGCAUAAUGGCCGGGCAUGGUAAGCGUCCAUUGACCCCACUUCUCUACUGGCUGGGUCCAGUGCCCCCCCCCGCUCCGGCUCUCGCACCAUGUCACAUAUGCCAGCUCCAGCAGCUUGCCCCCAACUGGUGAGGACCUGCCAACUCCUGACGUAUUGCUGCCUAAUGGAGGAAUCCAGCAGUGUCCAGUAUAUUGUAUAUUGAAUUAUUACUACAAAUACAUCCAUUUUCAUGCAGAAUCUUGCUUUACUUAAUUUUUUUAUAACUAUGCAUUAUAGUUUAUAAACUUAAUAUGCAUUUUGUAUGUAAAGUUUUUAACAACAAAGGAAGUUUUAACAAUGCUGGUCGAGUAACAAGUGGUGCAAAGCGGCAAAAAACAGGAAUACUCAAGUAAAAUACAAGUAACUAAGGUUUUAAGCA